AUGCCGGGCUCCCGCGGCGGGGAAGCGGUGAUGUCACUUGCCGCCAAUCACCGGCAGCCCCGAAGAGCAGUGCGGAGGAGUGCCCUCGGCUCGAGGGAGGAGCCCGAGUUUGUGACCGCUCGCGCUGGCGAGAGCGUGAUCCUGGGAUGCGACGUGAUCCACCCGCUGACAGGGCAGCCCCCUCCCUAUGUCGUGGAGUGGUUCAAGUUCGGCGUCCCCAUCCCCAUCUUCAUCAAGUUUGGGUUUUACCCUCCCCAUGUCGACCCGGAGUAUGCCGGCCGGGCCAGCCUGCACGACAAGGCCUCGCUGCGCAUUGAGCAGGUCCGCUCCGAGGACCAGGGCUGGUACGAGUGCAAAGUCCUCAUGCUGGACCAGCAGUACGACACCUUCCACAACGGCAGCUGGGUCCACCUCACGGUCAACGCUCCCCCCACGUUCACUGAGACGCCGCCGCAGUACGUAGAGGCGAAGGAAGGCAGCAGCGUCACCUUGACCUGCAUGGCGUUUGGGAACCCCAAGCCCAUCGUCACCUGGCUGAAAGAGGGAAACCUUUUGGGUGCCAACGGCAAGUACCAGGUGAGCGAUGGGAGCCUGACGGUGCUCUCCAUCACCCGAGAGGACAGGGGUGCCUACACCUGCCGGGCGUACAGCAUCCAGGGGGAGGCUGUGCACACCACGCGCCUGCUCGUUCAAGGACCUCCCUUCAUCGUUUCCCCACCGGAGAACAUCACGGUCAACAUCUCCCAGGAUGCGCUCUUCACCUGCCAGGCCGAGGCGUACCCCGGGAACCUCACCUACCUGUGGUACUGGGAGGAGGAGAACGUCUACUUCAAGAACGACCUGAAGUUGAGAGUGCGGAUCCUGAUCGACGGGACGCUGAUCAUUUUCCGGGUGAAGCCAGAGGAUGCUGGAAAAUACACCUGUAUCCCCAGCAACAGCCUGGGCCGCUCCCCGUCAGCCUCUGCCUACCUGACAGUGCAGUAUCCUGCCCGCGUGGUGAACAUGCCCCCCGUCAUCUACGUUCCCAUCGGGAUACACGGAUACAUCCGCUGCCCGGUGGAGGCAGAGCCCCCGGUCACGCUGGUCAAGUGGAACAAAGAUGGACGUCCCCUGCGAAUCGAGAAGUAUUCCGGCUGGAACCUGCUGGAAGACGGGUCGAUCCGGAUCGAGGAGGCAACCGAAGAUGCUCUCGGCACUUACACCUGUGUGCCUUAUAACGCCCUGGGUACGAUGGGCCAGUCUCCCCCUGCCCGACUGGUACUGAAGGACCCCCCCUAUUUCACGGUGCUACCAGGCUGGGAGUACAGACAGGAGGCAGGGAGGGAGCUGUUGAUUCCUUGCGCUGCUGCCGGAGACCCCUUUCCCAUCAUCGCCUGGAGAAAGGUAGGGAAGCCCAGCAGGAGCAAGCACAACACGCUGCCCGGCGGCACCCUGCAGAUCCGCUCCCUCGGCAAGGACGACCACGGCGAGUGGGAGUGCAUCGCCACCAACGUCGUCGCAAGCAUUACUGCCAGCACCCACCUCACCGUCGUAGGCACAAGCCCUCACGCCCCGACCAGCGUGCACGUUGUGGCCGCCAUGACCUCGGCCAACGUCUCCUGGGAGCCCGGCUACGACGGUGGAUACGAGCAGACUUUCUCAGUUUGGUACGGCCCUCUGAUGAAAAGAGCCCAGUUUGGCCCCCACGACUGGCUGUCUCUCCCUGUGCCAGCUGGUUCCAAUUGGCUAGUGGUGGAUACCUUGGAACCGGAGACUGCAUACCAGUUCAGUGUCUUGGCUCAAAACAAGCUGGGUACCAGCUCCUUCAGUGAGGUGGUCACUGUGAACACUCUAGCAUUCCCUGUAACAACUCCAGAGCCUCUGGUGUUGGUUACCCCACCGAGGUGCCUAACAGCCAACCGGACACAGCAAGGCGUCCUCCUGUCGUGGCUUCCUCCUGCUAACCACAGCUUCCCCAUCGACCGCUACAUCAUGGAGUUCCGCGUCGCGGAGAGGUGGGAAAUCUUGGACGAUGGCAUCCCGGGGACCGAGAGCGAGUUUUUUGCCAAGGACUUGUCCCAGGACACCUGGUACGAGUUCCGUGUCCUGGCUGUCAUGCAGGAUCUCAUCAGCGAACCCAGCAACGUUGCUGGCGUGUCCAGUACAGACGUAUUCCCUCAGCCUGACCUGACGGACGAGGGUCUAGCCCGCCCUGUGCUGGCUGGCAUCGUUGCCACCAUCUGCUUCCUGGCUGCUGCCAUCCUCUUCAGCACACUCGCCGCCUGCUUCGUCAACAAGCAACGCAAACGCAAGCUCAAGCGCAAGAAAGACCCUCCUCUCUCGAUAACCCACUGCAGGAAGAGUUUGGAGUCCCCGUUGUCUUCUGGCAAGGUGAGUCCCGAGAGCAUCCGCACGCUCCGUCCCCCCUCGGAGUCCUCCGAUGACCAGGGCCCCCAGGCCAAGCGGAUGCUGAGCCCCACCAAGGAGAAGGAACUCUCCCUUUACAAGAAGACCAAGCGAGCCAUCAGCAGCAAGAAGUACAGCGUCUCCAAGGCGGAGGCCGAAGCCGAGGCCACCACCCCCAUCGAGCUCAUCAGCCGUGGGCCCGACGGCCGCUUCGUCAUGGACCCGGCGGAGAUGGAGCCCUCCUUGAAGACGCGGCGGAUCGAGGGCUUCCCCUUCGUGGAGGAGACGGACAUGUACCCCGAGUUCAGGCAGUCGGACGAGGAGAAUGACGACCCCGUCGUCCCCGCCUCUGUCACCGCCCUGAAAGCCCAGCUCACCCCUCUCUCCUCCAGCCAGGAGUCCUACCUUCAGCCACCAGCAUACAGCCCCCGGUUCCACCGGGCGCUGGAGGGUCCCGGCGCCUUGCAGGCCACCGGCCAGGCCCGCCCGCCGGCCCCCCGGGCUUUCCACCACCAGUUUUACGGUUACCUCAGCAGCAGCAGCCCCGGGGAGGUGGACCCGCCGCCCUUCUACAUGCCAGAAGUCAGCCCGUUGAGCUCGGUCAUGUCCUCCCCGCCGCUGCCCCCCGAGGGGCCCUUCGGACACCCCACCAUCCCCGAGGAGAACGGGGAGAACGCCUCCAACAGCACGUUGCCCCUGGCCCAGACCCCCACGGGGGGCCGGUCCCCCGAGCCCUGGGGUAGGGCCGAGUUCCCCUUCGGCGGCCUGGAGCCGGCCCCGGCGCCGUUCCCCCACCAGCUCCAGCCCUGCGAGUCGGCCGAUGGCUGCCAGUCCACCGGCUGCCUUCCUCGGGGGCCACCUCCUUCCUCCCUCCAAGUGGUCCCUGCGUCCUACCCGGGCAUCCUGCCCCUGGAGGCACCAAAGAGCUGGACCGGCAAGUCACCCGGCAGGGGCCAGUCUUCUGUGCCCACCACCACUACCACCACCACCAAGUGGCAGGACAAACCUAUGCAACCCAUGGGAUGUCAAGGGCAGCUAAGACAUACCAGCCAAGGUAUGGGCAUACCCGUGUUGCCUUACCACGAACCGUCCGAGCCCGUCGGCCCCAGCGGCACAAGCACAUUCAGCCUGGACACCAGGUGGUACGAGCCCCAACCCCGACCUCGGCCCAGCCCUCGGCAGGUCAGGAGGGCUGAGCCCAGUUUACAUCAGGUGGUGCUACAACCUUCAAGGCUUUCUCCACUGACCCAAAGCCCCCUCAGCUCCCGCAACAGCUCCCCGGAGCUGACGGCCCGUGCCCGGCCCCGGCCUGGGCUCAUCCAGCAGGCGGAAGUGUCGGAGAUCACCCUGCAGCCCCCGGCGGCCGUCAGCUUCUCCCGAAAGUCCACGCCGUCCUCCACGGGGUCCCCGGCGCCCAGCAGCCGGGGAGGCAGCCCCAGCUACCGACCCGCUGCCGCCGCCGCCUUCGCCUCCCUGGCCACUGGCUUCGCCGCCUCCCAGGGCUCCUCCCUGCCCGUGGACGCCAUGGAUGUUUUCGGAGACAUCCCUUCCCCGAGGAGGGCUGGCGAGGAGAUUCUCCAACCGGAGACGACAUCCACCACGGUAGCCGCCACGGGAAAACGUCCAUCUCCGCCCGGGGACGCUGCUGCACCUGAGAGGCUCGAAGCUCUGAAAUACCAGCGGAUAAAGAAGCCCAAAAAGUCAUCCAAGGGCUCCUCGAAAUCCAGAAAACAAUCCAACGGCUCUGCCUCCCAGGUUCAGCACCUUCCCAGCUCUCAGGUACUGUCGCCUGACGAAGCUGUCUGCCUCCGCAAGAAGAAGAGACACCCUCGUCAGGACCCCUUCGCCCGCCUCUCGGCCCUGAAGGACGACCUCUGCCACCGGCAGCUCCCCGAGGACCAGACAGCCAUCCUCAACAGCGUGGACCACGACGACACCGGCGGCCACGCCACCUUGCUUUAGCCCAGCGCCGGCCCCAGAAGGUUAAACAGGAGGGGGGCGAAAGGGGGGGGGACCCCACAUCGUGCCCCCCCGGGGGGACGGAGGCGAUGGGAAAGCAAUGGGGGACACCCCUACGCUGCCACCUCUGCCGGGGGGUUUGGUGGCUCGUGGUGGGGACGAGCUUG